CCUGCAGCCAGAACUGAGUUGACGAUCCUCGAUCACGUCGAUCGAUUGGGCCGAUCGCAGAGCGCGCCCUCGGUCUUCCGGCUGGCAAACGUCCAAGCGACCUGGCGGUCUUCGCUCGCUGCGCUGUUAACCCCGUUGCUGAAACUCCAAGAGGUGAAGGGGAAAGGGCCUUGAAGAAGCUCUUUGAAGGCUUCCCAUCCUCUUGUAUUCCAGGAGAAUCCCAAAACAUUCUGCCAAGACCCAGAUAUUCACUCUUCUGACUGUGCCAAAUCACACUACUGAGGUGAAAGUUAAAUCACAGCAGGAAUCCUGAUCAAGAAGGAUCUCACAUUCUGGAGGAAGCCAGCUGCCGAGGACACUUAAGCAGCCCUAUGGAGAGGUACAUGUAAUGAGGCCUCUUGCUAACAGCCAUUUGGAGGAGCCAUCAUGGAAGCAGAUCCUUUAGCUUUCGUCAAGACUUCAGAUGACACUGCCCCAGGUUGACUGCAACCUCAUGAGAGACUCUGAGCCAAGACCACCUAGCUGAGCUGUGCCCAGAUUCCUGACCUAAAGAAACAGUGUGAGCUGGAAGACCCAGGGGAAGGCCAAAGCUCAGGUGCCCACAUGAUCAGCACAGCCAGGGUACCUGCGGAUAAGCCAGUACGCAUCGCCUUCAGCCUCGAUAAUGCCUCAGAUGAUACGCCUCCUGAAGACGCCAUUCCUCUGGUCUUUCCAGAAUUAGACCAGCAGCUACAGCCUCUGGCGCCUUGUCAUGACUCCGUGGAAUCCAUGCAGGUGUUCAAACAACACUGCCAAAUAGCAGAAGAAUACAAUGAGGUCAGAAAGGAAAUCGCUCUGCUUGAGGAAAGGAAAAAGGAGCUCAUCGCCAAGCUGGAUCAGGCAGAAAGGGAGAAGGUGGAUGCUGCUCAGCUGGCCCGGGAAUUCGAGGAGCUGAUGGAGGAGAACCGGACGUUGAAGUUGGCUCAGUCCCAAUGUGUCGAGCAGCUGGAAAAACUUAGAAUUCAGUAUCAGAAGAGACAGGGCUCGUCCUAACUUUGAACGAGUCAAUGUGAGCGUAGAAGGUUGGUGACGGCUGUGUGCUGGCCAAAAGAUUUUUAUUUUAAAGGGAUAGUGUGUAAAGUUUCAUUGUUCCUUUUUAUUACCCACGUGGCAAACGUCUAUAAUGAAUUUAACGCUUGCCAGAUCGAGUUUGAGAGAAGGGAUAUUUUAUUUGAAAUAAGAUGAUCAAAGCAAACCUGUUAUGUUUUCAGAGAUCAAUAAUUCAUUUCCAAAGAUUUUUUUUUCUUCUUUAGGAAGAUGUGAUCAUCCUGUACAUCAGGGUAGAAAACGAAAACAAACAAACAAAAAAAUAGAAUAUUGACUGACUCGGCUAAGAAUCCUGAACAGAAUUGAGCCAUGAAACAAACCAGUAAGAUGCUCGCUGCAGUUUCAUAUCUGUGUAUUUUUAAAUUUCACGUCUUGACUAUUUCAACUGUGCUCGAACCUGAAGUCAGCAACGUCUGCACACCUAUUUAUAUUCACCAGAGUUAGGUUUAAUCCCUCAAUGAUUGAUUGUACUAAGAAUAAAUGGUUGUGCAUCAUAAAAGCUUUCUCAUGAAAAUAUUAGCAGAAAGCAUGUUUGUGCCAAAAGCACAUCUACCAGUGCUAACUUGCUUUAUAAUAAAAAGCUGAUAAGGCUGCAUUUCUUUUACGCCACGUUACCAACCAGUAAACAUCUCUGCCUUUGCUUGUGUGUGUUCUGGGGGCAUGGGGGGGCAUGGAAAAGGAUUGUUUGGAUAUGACUUUUGUGAAUUCCCAUGAAAACAUCAGUAAAGCUAUAACUCUGACUUUGUUUUGGGUUUCAGGAGAUAUUUUGGAUCAGUAAUAACGAAUAGGAAUAUAUGAAUAAAUUCAGGAAUAAAAUGAUUUUUCCCCUGUUCCACCUAUCACCUUAUUUCCCCAAACUGAUCUCUUUGUUUUAUGUCCAUUUCUAUUCAUGUAACUUCUUUUUCAUUAAACAUGAAUCAAAACUGUCAA